CUGCAGCUGGGCGGUUCUGCUCCCUCUCUGCUGCUUUACAGCAGCUCUGUCAGUGACAUUUACUCUGGAGAGUAAGAAAACCUUAGAAAAUCUGAAGUUGGAGGUUGAAAAUAAUUUUAAAAGAGAGGACAUGAGAACUGGACCUGGUCACAGAUGCUUGAUGUCUCUACCUGUCCUUCCCUGGGAGGAGGUCAAGGAAACAAGGCACAGCUGAAAGAGAGGAGGCUGGAUGAAGUUCAUCACUUCCCUGCAAACAUUGUGUCUGUGGUUCUUGGGAGACUGAUGGGAAAAUGAGGAAUUAGGAAAUGAAGACAUAAAAAAUCCUGCUAGAAACAAGCCUGAAAUUGAUGUGGUCAGAAGGAAGGAAUGGAAAUGAUUCCUGUGGUUUGCAACUGGAAGAUGAUGGGCUCUGCAUCCAGGACAGCAUCACAUCCACGGCACUCGAAAGGAGUGAAUGAGAUGAACUGUUUGGGUUAUAGUAUCUGAAAGGCUAAAUUAUUCUCUUGGAGAGACGUUCUAAAUGAGCCUGACCGAGAUCCUGGAUCUGUGUGAAGAGGACUAAGGAUAUAGGAUGUCAACUGAGACAGAACUUCAAGUGGCUGUUAAAACCAGCACAAAGAAAGACUCCAAAAAGAAAGGUCAGGAUCGCAGCGAAGCCACUUUAAUAAAGAGGUUUAAAGGUGACGGUGUCCGAUACAAAGCAAAACUGAUUGGGAUAGAUGAGGUUUCUGCAGCACGAGGAGACAAGUUAUGCCAAGACUCUAUGAUGAAGCUCAAGGGAAUUGUUGCUGCGGCUCGUUCGAAAGGAGAACAUAAACAAAAAGUCUUCUUAACAGUUUCCUUUGGGGGAAUCAAAAUCUUCGAUGAAAAGACAGGGCUACUACAGCAUCACCAUGCAGUUCAUGAAAUUUCAUACAUCGCAAAGGAUAUCACAGACCACCGAGCGUUUGGAUAUGUAUGUGGAAAGGAGGGAAAUCAUAGAUUUGUGGCAAUAAAAACAGCCCAGGCAGCUGAACCUGUAAUCCUGGACUUGAGAGACCUGUUUCAGCUCAUCUAUGAACUGAAACAAAGGGAAGAAAUGGAAAAAAAGGCACAAAAGGACAAACAGUGUGAACAAGCGGUAUACCAGACAAUUUUGGAAGAAGAUGUAGAAGAUCCUGUAUACCAGUACAUUGUGUUUGAGGCUGGACACGAGCCGAUCCGUGAGCCUGAAACGGAAGAAAACAUUUAUCAGGUUCCUACCAGCCAAAAGAAGGAAGGUGUUUAUGAUGUGCCAAAAAGUCAACCUGUAAGUCUGGAGAAUGGAAACUUAUUGCUGGACAUUGAUGAAAAUCUUGUUUCAGUCACUCAGGCUGUUACCCAACUAGAGCUUUUUGGGGACAUGUCCACUCCUCCUGAUGUAACCUCUCCCCCAACUCCUGCUACUCCAGGUGAUGCCUUUAUCCCAUCUUCAUCCCAGUCACUUCCUGCUAGUACAGACAUGUUUGGUUCUGUACCUUUCAGCACUGCUGCCGUACCCUCAGGUUAUGUUGCCAUGGGAGCUGUUCUGCCCUCAUUCUGGGGACAGCAACCACUUGUUCAACAGCAGUUGGCCAUGGGUGCUCAGCCUCCAGUUGCUCAGGUGAUGCAGGGAGGACAGCCGAUAGCAUGGGGCCAGCCUGGUAUUUUUCCUCCUACUCAGCAGCCGUGGCCAUCUGUAGCUGGUCAGUUCCAACCAACUGCCUUCAUGCCAACACAAACUGUUUUGCCUUUACAAGCAGCCAUGUUUCAAGGUACCAUUGCUCCUAUAGCUACUGUUCCACCCACAAGUGAUUCCAACAGAUCGAGUCCACAGACAGACAGGCCCAGACAGAAAAUGGGAAAAGAAAUGUUUAAAGAUUUCCAGAUGGCUCAGCCUCCACCAGUGCCAUCAAGAAAACCAGAUCAGCCUUCCCUCAGUUGUACCUCAGAGGCCUUCUCAAGUUACUUUAAUAAAGUUGGGAUGGCACAGGAAGCAGAUGAUUGUGAUGACUUUGACAUCUCUCAGUUAAAUUUGACUCCUGUGACUUCCACAACACCAUCUACAAAUUCACCUCCAACCCCUGCACCCAGACAGAGUUCUCCAUCAAAAUCAUCAGCAUCUCAUACCAGUGAUCCUGCUGCAGAUGACCUCUUUGAAGAGGGGUUCGAAAGCCCAAGCAAAAGUGAGGAGCCAGAGGCUCCUGAUGGGUCUCAGGCCUCCUCCACAAGUGAUCCAUUUGGUGAGCCAACUGGUGAUACUAUAAGUCCACAGGUCGGUAGCUAGAUAGCACAGGUUGGGGAAGCAGAACCUCUCUACGCCCAGAUUAACAGACCUAAGAAAUAGCAUUGUUACAGGCUUGUGGUGCUCCAAGACUCAAACGAAACCCAACAACCUGGCAGGCCUUUGGCUUUCAUGCUUUUUUCCAAUUGAUUUUGUCUGACAAGGAGAGAGAUUGCCCUCCUGGACUGGCUCUUCGAGUGUUCCUGAUGUGUUUUUUUUGGCAACCAAUGGCAGAUUCCUAUGGCAGCACAAAAUAAAAACUCUCCCUGCUUAUCGUACCACGAGUCCAGCCCCAUCCCCACAAGUGGUGGGCAUCCAGGCUGGGAAAUCUAACUCCUCAGUCUUCUUUUAAAGAUUUGUUAUCUUCUAUGUGCCACAUAUUGAGUAAUAGACAUUCCUUUUUCUUUUGAGCAAAAAGCAGGGUCUGUAUGUAGCAGUGGCACUAUCAUUCAACAGCCUUUGGGGCAAAAGUUGGCACUUUUUAUGUCACGGUGACAAGUUUUUCAUCAUCAUUUGCAUCAGGCGAUCUUGACCUUUUUUUUUUUUCCCUAUGUAGACAUAUUGAAAUAACAACAACAAAAAAUACUGGUGGUGUCUUCUUUUUUUUUUUUUUUUUUUUUAAUUUUAUUUCUUAUUCUGUAGUUUUGUAUGAGUGACAGAUCUAACUGCAAAACACCUCCUGCGGAAACAGUUCCCAACUCGAAACCACAGAACGAAACUCGGUUGUUUAUCCAUCCUGACUGAAAUGUUGCCAAAUGGACCUUUAAGUUCUAGCACAUCAUGAGGAAGAAAUGCUGCUUUCUGUUGGAAUACUCAUGUUGUGGGUAGAGAAAGGACCUGGAGUCCCACUGAGGAAAGACAAAAGAGUCAGUAUUUCCUAGGAAACUCUAAACAAAUUACAGAAAAGGAAUAUUUUUAUUUCUUCAGUAUCUUGCUGCUGUAAUGCUAUGCAGACAAGUGUUUUCUUCUCUGUGUGCCAUUUUUGAUGAAAAAAAAUCAUUUGCCAAAUAAUACUGGUAUGCUUCUGGUUUAGGAGUUUGGAUGAAGCGGACUUUACAAAUGGGACAAGGACGGCAUGGAUUUUGGAAUAACAAACUGAUUCUGUGAUCAAAUUGUUCAUCUUUAUCACUUUUUGUACAUCAGAAAAAUCAAAUGGGAUUUUUAUUUUAUAACUUGAAAAAGAAAUCUUACUGUUAAACUCUUUAAAUGUUUAAGGGGAAAUGGCUUUAAGGAGUUCGAAUGAAAAUUGCCAGUUUUUUUGUAAAUAUAAAUGUUAUGAAAAUUCUUUUACUAAUGCCAUUACACAGUAGAGAAGGUAGCAAGUUGCAGUGCUUGGGAGGGGUGGCAAACCCAAUUUGUGGUUCUCACAUCACAUAUGUUUUUUCACAUGCUUACAAUAAUGGGCUGAAGCUCAAGUGCAUUUGCCAAAAGCAGUCAGCUUGUCAGCAACUAGUAAAAUUAAUGGGAACACAUGAUUUUAUGGUCUAGCGUUAUCACACGGACAUAUUCCACUUACAAGAGCUCACAUUUCAUAGACAUUCCUUUGAACCUCUGCAUAGAAGUCAUCAAACUGUUUACACACAGAACAAAAGAAUUUAAAACUUCCUUUUUUUACAUUUAUGAAGCAAAAGUGCAGUGUUUGGGUUCAUAUGUUUAGCACAUGAUUUUCAUAAAGAAUCUAUAUAUUUUUGCCCUACAGAGAAUUGUUAUACAGGUCAAAUGUGUUUUCCUGAUGUUCCUAUGCAGUUACAGUAUAUUGAAUUUAGUGGUUUAACACUAAAAAGACAAAAAAAGAAGAAAAAAAAAAGUAAAAAAAAAAAAAAAAAAAAAAAAAAAAAAAAAAAAAAAGUAAAAAAAAAAAAAAAAAGAAAAAUAGAAAAAGGAAAAAAGGUUAAAGAAAUCAAAUGAUUAAUCAGUUUUUAGGGUUAUUGUGCAGAUUUUGUUUUUAAAUUGACACAUUAGGAUUUACAUUUUUUGUCAUGAUUAAAAUAGGCCUGGAGUUAUAAAUGUUUUACUUUCUUUCAUCUCUAUUAUAAGCUAAAAAUGGUUUAGAAGACAAAAUAACUGGGGUGGCAACUGUUGGUAUGUGCAAAAAAAUCUCCCAACAUGAUUCCAGUCUUUUAUUUUGAAUUAGAGAAAUUAGAGAAAUGUGCGUUACCAAAUGUAUGUGAAUGAAAAAUUAGCUGUUAAUAGACCUAACGAACCUGCAGAGAAGAGAACUUUUAUCCUCAUUCAUGGUCAUUUGAUGCUUCUUCCUUAGUCAUGUGCAAACAGCUUUGUAGCAAAUCUUAUUUUCCCACCUGAAGAAAGAUCAAGUUUUCUAACUGGAAAAGAUAUUUAAAACUUGGCAGAUUGAGUGUUUCAGGAUUAAAAGCAGAGGUAAAAGUGUUUCUAAAGAACAUUUCUGUAAGAAUAUUUUCAUGAUUUGCACAGUGGUGCUACUUUCUUCCUCAGUGGCUUUUUUUGGGUUUUGUCCUACAUGUGGAACCUCAAAGACAGUUUUGGUUCAUCAUAGACAUUUGAGGUUUAGUAUUGUCAGUGCAUUUCCAGUUAUGGGGUAAAAUGAUGAAAGAAGAGAUUUAUGUCUCAGAGGAUCCAUUGACAUCAUAUUUGUAGGAAGCGGAUCAUUCACGAAUAGGUGCCGAGGGAAUGAGGCUGGAAUUCUAGUGUCUCCUGAGAGACAGCUGGACCAUCACCACAGACCUUUGUCUUACCUUUACCAACUCUCAUAAAUAAAAAACAGUUCCAAAUUGUCUUGUCAUAUGAUUGUCCUUGUCAUGGUUGAGAUGCUGAGUCGAGAGGGCUGGAGGGCCUCUACACUGUACCAGUAUUGUAGAUAACUGAAAUAUCCAGCUUGUGCAAUUGUUUAAUCCCUCAUCCUUCACUAGCACUAAAUUCGUCACUUUAAAUUUAAAAACCAGGGAAUCCCACCAGCCAUCCUGUAAUCAUCCCCUGUAGGUUCUUGAUCUUUACCUGUCAUGAAAAAAUAUUUUGAUAGAUCGUAGUCAUCCAAGUGUCUGAUGAAACCUUUCAUCUAAUAACGUACUGGGCACCUUCUUUGCAAAGAUGUUUACUCCGUGGUUUUCAUUCAUUUUUAUUUCUGCAUUCUGACACUUAUUUUUUUAAUAAAGAUGAGAAAGAUAAAAUGACUGUUUCAGUACAUUUCUAAACCUACUUUAACUUUACCUCAGAUAAUGACCAUUUGUUAACAUAUACGGACACAUUAUUUUUAACGUUAUGUAUAACGCAUUCAACAGCAACGAAAGAAACCAACAAAUUUUUAGAAAUUUUCCAUUAAUUUCUGUAACACACCAUGUAAUACUGUUAUGAAUAAAAACAUUAAAAAAA